CUGACUAUGGGAUACCAAAAACACGUAUGCUUUGCUUAGAAGUACCUUAGCCCCAUUUUUUGUUUUACCUUUAUUUGCCCUUCCACGGUGUACAAUAAAACCCUAAUUAACUUUACCUUUUUUUUUCUUUUUAGAUUUUUUCCUCAAAUUUCCCAAACCCUAACUUUCAUUUUCCCUUUCUAUUUCUCUCCGAUGGCGACGGCGCGUGAGGUGAUUACCCCGUACGACGGCGGCUUAGGAGCCGGAGGAAAGUUCAGGAAACGGCCGUUUAGGAGGACAACACAAACGACGCCGUAUGAUCGACCACCGACCGCAAUAAGGAAUCCUAGCGGCACUGGCGAUAGAAUUGGUUGGUUUUCGAAAUUGGUGGAUCCAGCGCAGAGGCUUAUUACCUCCAGUGCUCACAGGCUUUUCGCCUCCGUCUUUAGGAAGCGUCUUCCUCCUCCGCUACCUCACCCGCCGCAAGCGCCGGAGUCAGAGACUAAUCAGGAAGCAAGGGGGAAUCCAUCAGCAGCAACAUCAACUGAUCCUCCUGUUGUGGAAGGAGCUGUCAUGGGAUGUGAGAAUCCCGGUAAUCUUACUGAUGAAGGUGGAGUUGCUGAACUUGAGGAAAUUUUGAAGCAGAAGACAUUUACCAGGUCUGAAAUUGAUCGUUUGACAAGUUUACUACGUUCAAGAACUGUUGAUAUUCCUGGUGGAAAUGAAGAGAAGAGGUCUGAAGUGAAUGGGAUUGAGAGAGUGGGACUGAGAACAUUACAUGACAAGAAAGAAGAAUUUCCAAAGACCCCAGUUAGAGAGAAUGGGACUGAGAACCAUCUUAUUUCAACACCUGUUGUCAGAUCAACUGUCCUUGAUGAAGAUGUUGCUUCACCUGCUGAGCUCGCAAAAGCUUACAUGGGCAAUAGGCCUUCAAAAGUGUCUGUAUCAAUGCUUGGAUUACACAAUCAAAUGCCUAGGGGAGAUUCAGCUUUGCUGAGCAAUAAAAUUUUCCCUCCUAAAUCACCCACAAUGUCACAUGUGCCAAGAUCUUCUGUCCAUGUUGGGAGUCUUGGAAAUGGUUUUGUGACCCCAAGAUUGCGGGGCAGAUCUGCCAUAUAUAGUAUGGCGUGGACACCUUAUUCCAGGGUUAAUUCAGCAGCUGUCCUCAAGGGUGCUGGCACGGCAAGUGAUGCUUUUGGUGGACCAUCAUCAUCAUCUCAGAGUGCGUGGGAGCUAAACAGAAUUUCUGGCUCUAGACAAGGGGUUUUAAAGCACAGGAGUUCAGUAUUAGAUAAUGAUAUAGGAUCAAUUGGCCCUAUUCGCCGGAUUCGUCAAAAGUCUAAUCUUCUUUAUUCAAAAACCUUAAGUUUACCUUCUUCUGCUGGUCCUCUAUAUACCCAUGUAGCUAGCACUAGUUCAGCUGGUUUAGAUGCUAUAGGUGAGAAUGGGGAUAACAGCACUCCUGGCACAAGUUUUACCCCUGUUCCUUCUAAGUCCAGUGAGAUGGCUUCAAAAAUAUUACAGCAACUUGACAAGUUGAUCUCCCCGGAGGAAAAAUCACCAACUAAGUUGUCACCAUCUAUGCUACGUGGGCAGGCUCUUAAAAGCCUUGAGAAUGUAGAUUCUUCAAAAUUUCUGGAGGACAUGAAUGAGAAUGACAAGUUGAGUGCUUCUCACACUGCACUGCCUGAUAUUCGAGACUGUAUGUCUCACAAGCAUGACAAGGUUAAAGAAAAUGGGUCAACAACAUUGGUUGCGCUGCCUGACAAGUCAGAUCCUGCUGUAAACGGUGUAGAUACUGAUAGUUUAAUGAAGGAUGUCAAUGAGCCUAGUGUUAAAGCCGCUGAUUCCACUGUAGUCAAGUCUGUUGUACAGCUAUCUCAACAAAAGAGAUGGGCUUUUCAGAUGAGUGCACAUGAGGAUCUGGACCUGGAUGAUGAUGACUAUCCUGAUGGAGCUGCAUCUGCUACAUUUGGUGAAGGGAGAGAGAGGUUGGAUAAUUGUGUCAUGCUGAGUAAGAGUGCUGCUGCUGAAGCUAUAUUAUUAGAGAAGCCUUCUAGUCCUUCUGAAGUUAAGCCUAUUUCAAGUUCUGCAUUUAACAAAAAACCUGAUUUGAGAAUUUCUGCUGGAUCAGCAGUUGUUGAGAACAAUGCCAGUAUUACUUUUUCAGUUGCACAGGUGGCCACUUCAUCUGUGCCAGCAGCGUUGUUGGUAUCUCAGUCAACCUCAACAGCCAAUAAAGAUGCUGUCUCAAACGUACCAAAGGCCACUUCUCCUAUGUUUAGCUUUGGGGAGAAAGUUGCUUCAGCAAAGUGGUCAGAUGCUGCUGCUUCCACAUUUGGCUUUGCCUCUACAAAUGUUGGUGAUGUUUCUUCAGCUAGUGGAUCUGUAGCUGUUGAGCUUGCCACAAGUUCAGACCAAAAACUAGAGAACUCAAGCAGCUUUGCUACUAUUGCUCCUGGAACAACCAAUUAUUUGUCAGAUAAAACUGAUCAGGAGAACACUCUGAAUGGGAUCUUUGUCAGGACACCCGAAACUGCAAUAUCCUCUGCUGUAUCAACUUCGACAUCAGCUGGAAGCAACUUCAAGUUUGGUGCCUCAAAAAAUAGUUCUACUUUGAAUAAUGGGUCUCUUGCUUCAAGUCCCUUUUCAUUCUCUUCACCGAUGCCAUCUCUAGUCCCCAAAAAUGGUCAAAGUUCAUUCAGUAGCUCUACCAACUAUAUGUCCGUCACCACCAAUAGUGACACUUCUGCAGCUGCCACGACUUCCACUACUACCAAUGUCACUGUCAGCAGUACGAGCAGCCCCUCUAUGCAGGCUGGCCCUUCCUUUGCAGCAGAACCUGUUUUCAAAUUUGCAUCCUCUGUGGAUCCAUCAACUUCAGUUUCAACAUUAUCAGCAACUUCAGGAGAAGCAACUGAAUCUAAGACCCAGGAUACAAGCUUCAGAAAUGUGGCCAUUGUUCCUUUUGGUAGUACAUCUGCUUUUACUAGCGCUGGAAGUAAUAUUUUUGGUGCUACAUCUGCAGUUACGGACAUUGUGAGCAGCACUUCUGGUUGUAGUACAGCUGUAGUCACAAGCUCUGGAAAUAGCAGUUUCAUUGGUACGUCUUCCACUGUCACAAACUCUGAAAGUGGCUUUUUCAGCAGCACAUUUUCCACAGUGACAAGUACAGGCAAUGGUAUCUUUGUUGGUACAUCUCCAACUGCAGGCGGAAGCAGUAGUGUUUUUGGUGGUGCAUCUUUGUCAAUACCUAGUACUGGAAGUAGUAUUUUUUCCACUACUUCUUCAGUCACAAGCGCAGGAAGUAACAUCUUUGGAUUCAGUGCUCCAGCUGCAUCAACAUCAACUGCACUGACUCAGGGUUUAAAUCUUUUUAAUGCUGUUAAUACCCAAUUAUCUGCAGCUGGAACUGGCAUUGGUACCUCAACUCAAAGCAUGCCCAUUCAGUUCUCUUCAUCUGCAUCAUCUCCAUCAUUUGGACUGGCUGGGAAUACAACUUUUUCCUCUGGCGGUUCAGUGUUUGCGUCAUCAGCAUCUGUAGCUAAACCUUUUGGUUCAGGGGCUACAUUUGGAAUGAGUUCUUCCUCUUCAGAAACCAACACUCUGAGUUCUAGCAGUGGCAUUGCUUCUGGCAUAUUUGGUUCCAACUGGCAAGCCCCUAAGACGCCCAUAUUUGGUUCUUCAUUGUCAGGGUUUUCCUUUGGAUCAUCAGCUUCUAUUACUUCUCCUAGCAGUGCACCUACCAUGUUUGGGUCAUCCACUGGUGCCUCUUCAAGUUCCUUAUUCUCAUUCACUUCAGCUGCAGCUGCUACUCAAUCACAGCCUGUGUUUGGUAACACUAGUCCUGGAUUGGUGUUUGGGUCAACCCCCUCUAGCAAUAAUGAUCAAAUGGAGGACAGUAUGGCAGAGGACACAGUUCAGGCUUCUCCACCAACUGUUCCAACGUUCGGCCAACAGCCAAUCUCACCACCUGCAUCUGGGUUCAUUUUUGGUGCAUCAAAUCCAUCAGGAACAAGUUCUCUCCAAUUUGGAGGCCAACCAAGCAUAGCAACACAACAGAAUCCAUCUCCAUUUCAGGCUUCUGGUAGUCUGGAAUUUGGUGCUGGAGGGAGCUUCUCUUUGGGCUCUGGUGGCGGUGACAAGUCUGCCAGAAAAUAUGUGAAGGUCCGCAGGCAGCGGAAGAAGUAAAAAGGUCUAAUUAUGGUACAGAACUGUUUCAUGUGAGAGAUCUUAUGAUUGAUUGAAUAAUUAUCAAGGCAGAGGAGAAAAACACCCGCUGAUUGUUGCUGUAUGUGGUAGUCAUCUGAAAUUAUUUAGUGCCAGCAGAAGGGUUGACUGGUCACUUGGAACUUUGGGAAUUGGUGCCGAUUCUGGUUGUUCAUUUACAGUUUUCCUCGUUUUUUUUGGGGCUGGUGGCAAGGUUGUAACAAUUUUGUAUGUUCUUCCUGGUAAAAUUUGAGAAAACAUUUGUACUGUACUAUUGUAUAAUUAGCUGAUCGAUUUUCAGGUUUGAGCAAAUGUGCUUCUGACCUUGUUCUGUGUACCCGUAUUAUAUGUAACAUAAAAAAACAAUGAAAUUGGUUAUGAAUUUCAUUUUUAGAGAGAAUCUCUUGUUAGUUCCUUCUCU